UUAUAUUAAAAAUAUCAAGCAGUAUUUUUUUAGUCUGUUGGUUCAAGCAGACAUAGGUCUAUCCUAGCUUUACCAUAGUACGAGCGAACUGAGUCAUCGACUAUCUCGAAACGCAGAUGCUACAGAACUAUCGUGUGCCGGCUGGAACAGUAUCUGUCAGGAUCGGGAUUUUUCUAGGCUUUGUGGCACUGAGAGUCAACCGGUCUUUACUCGGACACGGAUUGGUGCUCGAAUUGGACGCCGUCAUGGCGUUAUCACACGCUGCUGUGCGUACGUCUGCCGUUGUGCUGCUCGUCAUCAUCGCGCCUGCGGUGAUCACAAAGGAAGCGACCCCUGAAAAUGAUGUUUCGGUUGCCACAGCCCCGCCAGAAGUUUUGAUGCCAGCGACACUUUGGGGACCUGGAGCAGCAAACAACUGGUUGGAUCCGCUUCUUGUUAAAGCGAAAAAUGCAUCAGGUCUCGAUCCCAUGCAAGUCAAGGCAUUCAAGGUCGUCGUACCCUCAGACAGUUGGAGCAACGCGAACUUCCAUGCAGAUUUCAGCACUGGAUCAGCCGCUGGACUUAGUCGCAUGACUCGUCUUGGCGAUUGUAUGCUUAACGAAAAAACAGACCUGAUCGAAUGCAAACUUGAAAUGAAGAACGUGCACGUAAAGCUCAAAGCGGAGAAUCCAUCUCUGCUGGAGAGCUGGACGUGGAUGAAUUUCGCUAGAUGUUUCCGGCAAAGGAACAAUUCUGUGGCUCCGUUUUUUGCAAAUAAAUAAAUAAAUAAAUAAAUAAAUAUAUUGCAAAUCAAGCUUUUUUCCAGUUAAUUGAAGACGCAUGAUUCGUUUAAGGCUAAGCAGGAGAAACUGUGAUAAAAAUAUUCCACGUAUAGAAUAUAUUACUGGGGACGAAACGUUGAAUAUUACUGCUGGAUAUUAAUUUGACAAAAAGCGAACGGGUAUCACAAAAAUUAUUCAGUCACCAUAUUCUUAUAGGUCCGAUUAAACAUAAACCUACUCAAAGUGUUGAAAAGAUCAAAGUACUUUUAAUAUACACUAAUAUAUAGUCUAUUUUGUUUUCUAAGUUCUGAGUAAAUAUGAAGAGCUCACAGAGGAAAUCGUUGCAUGUUUAUAUCCUUGUGUACGCGAACAAUAAUAUGAUUUCAUUAUUUUUUCAAAUCGAUUUUUAAAUGAAUAGUGUUUUUUCUUACGAAACGCCUUUUUUCUUGAGCUAUAACAUGUAUAUUAGACAACUCGAAACUGUGUUUUCGAUUCGAGAUCUAACUAAGUUGAAUGCCACUUAAGAAGUUAAAUUGUGGCCUUCCACUUUAGUUGGAACAAUCACCGAGUAGCUAUUGACGAUCUUCAUUCUACUAAGACUUUUCCUAGUUCAGCGUACUUCGACGGAAUCCACAGGGAAAUGCCCGAACGAAAUAUAGUUGACCGAAGGCGACUCAGCAGUGCGCUUAUCAAUGAACGACUAAGGGCGCACCCGUUUACGGUUUGGGUCUCCGUUGAAAAGCAGUCGGGAAAAAAAAUCGAUUAUCGAAAGCCGCUAACAAUAAAACUACGCUUUGAUCGUUACACGAACCUCUGUCACAGUCUGACCCUUAAUGCGAAUGUUGUUCAGCUUCUAAGGGAAAGUCGUGACGAUAGCUAUUAACGACAAGAAGCCAACGACGUCAGUUUAUCUCGUCUAUCUGUUUUCUCAUUUGUUUUUGGUAGACAAUACGACCUGUCGUGGACGAUGACGAGCAAGAACAACACCGGGUAUU